AUGGCGAGUCCGUACGGCGCGGCGCCGAUCGUGGUGAUGAAUCAAAACGCCAAGCGAGAGACCGGCUCGAUCGCUCGUGAGAAUAACAUUGCGGCGGCUAAGGCGGUGAGCGAUAUCAUUCGCACCACGCUCGGUCCUCGAUCGAUGCUAAAGAUGAUCUUAGAUGCCUCGGGAGGAAUCGUUCUCACGAACGAUGGAAACGCGAUUUUGCGUGAGAUUGAUGUCACGCACCCGGCGGCGAAGAGCAUGAUUGAGCUCUCGCGGACGCAAGACGAGGAGACCGGUGACGGGACGACGUCGGUGAUCAUUCUCGCCGGGGAGAUUUUACACCUCUCGCAACCGUUUUUGGAGAAGAACAUUCACCCGACGGUGAUCGUUCGGGCGUACAUGAAGGCGUUAGACGCGGCGCUCAAGGUGAUUGACACGAUUAGUUUUCCAGUGGACACGACCAACCGGGACGAGAUGUUGAAAAUCGUUAAGACGUCCAUUGGGACCAAGUUCACGGCGCGCAUGGGUGAACUCAUCCCGAACCUCGCGCUGGACGCCGUGAUGUGCGUGGCGAGGAAGAACACGGACGGAACAAAUGAUAUAGACAUAAAAAAGUACGCCAAGGUUGAGAAGAUCGCCGGCGGCUCCAUCGACGACUGCAAGGUUUUAAAGGGGGUGAUGAUGAACAAGGACGUCGUGGCUCCGGGUCGCAUGAAGCGUCGCAUUGAAAACCCUCGCAUCAUGCUUCUUGACUUGUUGCUCAAGAUGGAGGAGGAAUGGAUCAAGGAGACGUGCGCGAAGAUUGCUGAGUUCAAACCGGAUCUCGUCAUCACCGAGAAGGGUUGCAGUGAUUUGGCGUGUCAUUACUUGUCAAAGGCGGGGAUCUCAGCGCUUAGACGCGUGCGUAAGACGGAUAACAAUCGCAUUGCGCGUGCUGCAGGCGCCACCAUUGUCAACCGCGUCGAAGAGAUUCGUGAGUCCGACAUCGGCACCGGUGCCGGCUUGUUCAGCGUGGAGAAGAUUGGUGACGAGUACUUCACUUUCAUCGUUGAUUGCAAGGAGCCUAAGGCUUGCACUAUCGUCCUUCGUGGGGCGAGCAAAGACAUUUUGAAUGAAAUCGAGCGCAACCUGGUUGACGCGAUGGGUGUGGCGCGCAACGUCGUGCAGGAUCCGCGUCUUCUGCCCGGCGGAGGCGCGGUCGAGAUGGCGGUCUCUCGCGCGAUUGCCGAGGAGGCGACAAAGAUUGAAGGCGUUGAACAAUGGCCGUUCCGCGCCAUCGGCGCUGCCCUCGAGGUGAUUCCACGUACGCUUGCCCAAAACUGUGGCGCCAACGUCAUUCGAACGCUCACCAAGCUUCGUGCCAAACACGCCGAGGGCGACGCUGCGCGCACGUACGGCAUCGACGGUGUAAAAGGUACGAUUGCUGACAUGAAAGAGCUAGGCGUUUGGGAUCCGCACGCCGUUAAAGUGCAAUCCAUCAAGACUGCAGUCGAGAGCGCCGUGAUGCUCCUUCGCAUCGACGACAUCGUGAGCGGUUUGUCUCAAAAGAAGGACGCCGACGCCGCUGGCACGGGUACUGGCGUCGCCGUGGACGACGAUGAGUGA